AUGGGGCAAGCCUCUUUACCGGCUGUAAGCCGGUCUCGCCUUGAAUGUUUACCCGCGGAGAUCAUCCAGGAGAUCUUCCUCCAUUCUCUCGAGUUCAACUUCCCUAGAGUGUCUCGAUACAUCGCUGGGAUCCUUUCCAACACGGUGAUCUAUACUUGGCUCAUUCGACUCGCGUUCAGCAGCGCCAACGAGGGCUCAAAACGGGGAUUGUUCACUCCGGACUUUUUGCCCGCGCCAUUGGAUUUCUGGGCUCUUUCGACAGAAGAGCGGAGAGAUCUCCAGACGGACAUCCUAGCAUGUGGCUGGUGCACCUUGCCGCUGAUUCAAAAAUGUCAGCGGCAGUACGUGGAGCAGGUUAUUCGGCGCCAGAUGCAGGACCUCGAAUUCUGCGCGGACGACCUUCCCGCGCUGGCUGAGAUGGGCCGUCGUUUCGAGAGUCUCGAAGGGUACGAAAAAGAUGAAAGGCUUCACGGUAAAGGCGAUAUGGUCCUCAAAGCCCACGACCGAACCACCGAAAAGGAAGCACGAGUGGCAGUAUGGUUUCAUCACGGAACUGUACAAAUCCUACAGCCUAGCAGGCUGUACACCCGUCACGAUAUCUUUCAGCUGCCAGACUGCUCAGCUGUGUGUCCCCCUCGCAUGCCUGACAAGUUACUGUGCCCGCCGUGGACCGAGUCCAAGCUUGAAUUUCUCCAUCUGCUUUCGACGACCGCGUACAUCGACGAGGACUCGUCCUUGUCGCGUUCGAAGCGUGUUCUUCGACAGCUGAUCCGGGACCGUGACUUGGCGACCUUUGAGCGAUUAAUGCAGAUGCAGGUUAUGGCACAGGACUACAAGUAUCCCCAGCGCUGGCCGGUACCCACCAUUAUCUUUCGCGCGGCAUUAAAGUAUGCAGACGAACGCGACGAUCCGUUCGUUAGGGUUUUGGUGAACCAUUGCUGGGAGGAUAUCCCGGGCGAUGAUUUGCAGCUAAGAGACCAAUUAAUGACGAAAGCAGGGCUGAACAGCGUGGGGUGA